AUGUCUAUGUCUGCACCUCCUGUUGGUGAAUUUUUAGACCAAGAUUCAUUAAUAAAUCAUAUACAAACAUUUAGCACUUCUAAUAGUUAUAGUGUGUUUAUUACAAGAUCAAAGAAAAAUAAAACUUUAUCUGUUACUGAUCCAACUCAUAAUCAUGAUCCUUCUGAUAACAUGUUAGCUUACCCAUCUUUUCGAAGAUCUAAUGAACAGGAAAGAGAGUGGUUAAAAGAGAUAUCAAAUUCUGGUGUUCAUUCAUGUGAAAUAUUAUCUUUACUUUACCAAAUUAACCUAUCAAUUUCAACAACAUCACAGGAUAUCUACAAUAUUCGCAAAAAAAUUCAGUUAGAAAAUUUGAGAGGUUGUACACCCAUCCAAGCACUUAUGAAAGAACUUAGAGAGAGUCAAUUUGAGUAUGAUUACCAGCUUGAUACUGAAGGUUAUGUAACACAUCUAUUCUUCUCUCAUUAUAGAUUUAUUGAGUUAAUUCAUAUGUACUCUUCUGUAUUAUUCAUGGAUUGUAUAUAUAAAACUAAUAAAUUCAAAAUGCCACUCCUUAAUGUUGUUGGUAUAACAAGCUUUAAUACAACAUUUUUUAAUGGAAAAACCCAAAGUUAUUAUAACAGUCUGGGAGUUGCAAGAUGUAAAAGACAUUUUUCUACAAAGCAAGAGUGGAUUACCUUUUUUAAUUAUUGGACAAAUUUAGUAAAGUCAAGGACAGAGAGUGAUUUUAAAACUCAAUGGACAGAUGCUUGGAUUGAUCUUUAUCUUCAUUUGAGUAAUAUAGCAAUGUCUCAGAUAGAAGAAAUAAUUAAAGAAUCAUCUAUGCUUUUGUUAGACCCAAUUGUGCAACAGACUCAAGAAUGGCCAGUUGGUUCACAAAACAAGAGUAACAAGACUCAAGCCUCUACUAAAAAAAACCUAUCAGUUUUUAAGUUAGAAAAAGCUAGGCUAAGUAGCAGAAAAUGUGAAGUAUGUAAGAAAAUUAGUCACAAUAGUAGAACAUGUUAUAAAUCUUCAGAUAUAACAGAAAUUUGA